CCAUAGCUGACAGGAUCUUGUUAAGAUUUUGUGGUCCUUAGAUUGAGUCAGUCCUAGGUUGAGUCAGGCAGGGGUGUGAGCUUAAGUGGUGAGGAGCGGAACUAUCAUCCGGUUGUGCACCUGUCACCAUGGUUGAGACACGUACUGGCAAGACUACCACCCCUUAUACGAAAGCUCAGGAAGAGCAAACCGUCGCAGUACUUAAAGAGAGGAAAGAGAAGGAGGCCAAGAAGGAGUUGAUUAGGCAGGCCAAAAAGCUGACCUUACAGCAGGAGCAGGCGGCGAAGAUGAAGAAGUUGGAGGAAGAGAUGGAGAGACUGAGAAAGGAGGAGGAAGAGAAGAUGAAGGAAGUAGAAGAAGAAGAGGUAGAAGAAGAAGAGGUAGAAGAAGAGGAGGAAAAGGAGGAGCCCUUGGAGAGAAGACGCACGGAGGAGAGAGACAACACUCUGGCACAUUGCUGCCUCAGCGCUCCCGCGUUCGCGCGAUUAGUAAAGGAGCAGUUAGAAGAGCAGGUUGUUGUAGCCUACGAGCCUGAGGGUCAUCUGAGGCAGGUCUUGGAGAAGCUUAGAGAGGCUAACUUCAAGAUCAAUGCAAAGAAGUGCGAGUGGGCCAAGACACAGGUUUUGUACCUGGGCCACGUCGUAGACAGAGACGACAUUAGACCCGAAGACAACAAAAUCGCAGCGAUUAGAGAUUGGCCAGCGCCCCGCACACUGACAGAGUUGCGAUCGUUCUUAGGCCUAGCUAAUUACUAUAGGAAGUUCGUAAGGAACUUCUCCACCAUCGCUGCACCCCUUCGCAGGUUGCUAAAGAAAGAGGCAAUUUGGAAGUGGGACAAGGACUGCACAGCUGCCCUGAAGAGAUUGAAGCCGGCCCUGAUAGAAUAUCCAGUCCUUAAGGUAGUCGAUCCGUCCCGGCCAUUUGUUGUUACCACCAACGCCAGUCAGUAUGGCAUAGGCGCUGUUUUACAGCAAGAUGAUGGCAAUGGAUAUAGGCCUAUAGAGUUCAUGUUCGCCAGAAUGCCUUCAAAGAAGAUGGCGACAUCCAGUUAUGAAAGGGAACUCUACGCUCUCAGGCAAGCAUUAGAUCACUGGAAGCAUUACUUGCUUGGGAGGCACUUCAAAGUCUAUUCAGACCACGAGACUCUAAGGUGGCUGAAGACUCAGGCCAAGAUGACACCUAAGCUUACUCGGUGGGCCGCAGAGUUAGACCAGUAUAACUUUGAACUGAAGCCAGUUAAAGGGAAGUUCAGACCAAUAUUGGACUUCCUAGCAGCAGAUGAGGGCAGGGCUGUGCUGUUGAACGUGGUGGACAUUUCAAAGAGGAAAAAGACUGCAGUUGAUCUUGCGAAGAUCUGGGAGCAGGUCAUCGGGAAGAUCAGGGUCCAAAGAAUCAAUGCAAUCUGCACGGAUAAUGAAGAGCUCAACAAGCAAGCUGCGCAAAUUUUCAGGAGGGGAACAAAUCUUCGAAUUGCCCGCAUUCCUUGGGUCCCUUGUGCAGCACAUUGCCUCAACCUGCUGCUGAAGGACAUACGUGGAGUGGACUGGGUGCAGGAAAUGGCGCAGGGGGCGAAGAUGAUGGUGAAGUGUUCAGACGUGGUAAGGGAAAGGUCGCUGAUUCUCUCCACAGAGAUGCAGUUCGCAUCCGAGUUCAUGAUGCUCGAGCGGUUGAACGAUAGGAGGAAGCUAUUGGAGGAGAUGAUGGAGGAGGGUUGGAAGGACAUCAGGUGGAGUGGAGCAAAGGACAAAGACAAAUCCGAAGCCACGUAUGUCACUGUGUGGUCCACGAAAUGGUGGCAGUUGUUGGAGAGGGCUCUAACAGUGAUGGUGCCCGUGUAUGAGCUGCUUCGGAAGAUAGACUGCAACGGCACGGCCCCGCAUCAGCUCUGGAACUUUGUUGAAGGCCUCAUGAAGCGUAACACAAUGAAGUUCUUGCUGUCUCAGUGCCCGGAGGGUUCCACAUGGAGGUGCAAAGAGAACCUUGACCUAUGGGCAGAUCUGCAGGCCUUCCACGGGGAGCCCACAGAGGAAAUGAAGCACAAGCGGGCAGAGGAGGCAAAGAAGAAGAGGGAAGAGGCCCAAAAGAAAGGGGAAGAGCCUCCAAACAAAGAGGAUGAGGAAAAGAGCUUCUGGACAAAGUUUGCCAAGUUUGACAGUGGGCUUUCGCAGCUGACCGCAUCUGAACGAUGGAGCACUCAUGGCAAAAGCCACAAGAAAUUGCGGGAGAUUGCAGUGAGGGUCACCGCCAUAUGGAGCACGACCACCCCAUGCGAGAGAAAUGGGUCGUCAGUGGAUCUGGUGCACGACAAGCGGAGAAACACAUUGGGCAGUGGGACCGUUGAGAAGCUCGUCUACGUUCAUUGGAACAAACAACUACAAAAGAUGAUUCGCCUAAGGAAGGCGCGCAAAGGGAGGGUCCCAAGGAUGAAGGGGGUAGAUGACUCGAGCUCCUCUUAUAGUAGUGACGAUGGGGAGGGCCUUAUCUGGAGGGGAAAUGGACAUAAGACACAAGAGCAACAGCAGCUUGAGGACCUCAAGGAGAUGCAACUGCUUGGUGAUGAUGUCGAGGGUGGUUAUGAAGAAAGGGAUGAGGCGGACGGGGAGGAUGAGGAGGAGGGGGAAGAGGACGAGGAGGGGGAGGACAAGGAAAAUGAGGAGAAGGUGGAGUUUGGCCUGCGUCCACCUCGAGAAAGUGACGAGUCAAACAACAGCGACGACGACAAUGUUGAUGAGGAUGACACAUGGAGGGCAGAUGCGGCGCACCAUGACGAUGAUGCCGAGUUCUUGAAGAUGAUGAGGCCCGCCUUCACGCAUGUUGAUAGUGAGGACGAGCGUGCUAGAACAGAGGCGCAAAACUUGGCCCACAGGGACCGGCCUCUCGUUGAGCAACGGAUGCAGCAAGAGGCUGGAAAGCGUGUGGCAGUUCCUGCUGCUGGUAGGAGGAAGACGGUGUCCACAGCUGCAGUGGGAGCACUGGGAGAAGGGGAAGAGCUAGGGAACACGGGAAAGGGACUGCAAGAAAAGGACACUGCUGCGAUGCAGCAACAUGCGGAAUACCCCAACCAUUGGAGGAUCAGCAGCAGCAGCGGGACUUGCAGCAGCAAGAGGAUGGGCUGCGGCAGCCAGAUUCUGAGAUGUGGCAAGAAGACGAUCGGCAGCAGCAACCGCAAGACGGGCAGCAACACCAAGAGCGACGGGAGCACCACGUAGAGACGCACGUGGAGGGGUCGCAGCAACGGGAAGCAAAUAAGCAGCCUAUGUAAAAGGAGGUGAUGUCACCGCAACACAAGGUGUCUGAGCAGCAGCAGGAACUGCAGCAGCGGGAGAAACAGCCAGUCAAAGCCCCUGCUGUUGAGUAUGCCCCCUUUCCGCCGUUGGUUGAGGCUAUACAUCGCAACAACCUUGAUGUGAGCCUCGCGGGAAGGAAGCAGAAGGAGGUUGCUCAGGAGGUAGGACCCCCAUGGUGAAGAGGGGACGAGGGCAUCCACGGAAGUAUCCGCAGGCCACAACAGAAGAAGUGGUGAAGACUGUUGACGUUGAGGUCCGGGUUGCCCAAGCACGGCGGAGUAAAGCUCCGAAGUUGCG